AUGGAGAUCGUUCAUGUUUACACGAAGCUCCGCAGUGAGUUUGGCCGCCAGUGUCUCUUCUCUGACCGGCCUGCUGAGCUGCUGGUAGACCUUCCUCCAGACCCGAGCCUGGCUCUGAAGUUCAUCACCAAAACACCCCGAGACCAAGCUCUGCAGAGCUGCAGGGACAUGUCCGAGCACCAGGUGAACACGGAGCGGUUUGAGUCAGAGAGCCAUGGGAUAAACCACGUGGAGGGGGGGUGGCCCAAAGACGUCAACUUCCAUGAGAUGGAACAAACCAUCCGCUUCAGGAAGAAGGUGGAGAAAGAUGAGAGCUACAUCAACAGCAUCCUGCAGCUGGGCAGCGUCAUGGAGCACUGCAUCAGACAGAACAACGCUGUGGACAUCUACCAGGAGUACUUCGAGGACGAGGACGAGGUGGAGGAGAGUCAGGAGCCGCCGUCCGCCAAGACCAUCAACGUGUUCAGAGAUCCUAACCAGGUGAAGCGUACCGUCACCUGUCUGUCGUGGCAUCCUGACGGCGGCAGGAAGCUGGCGGCCGCUUACUCAUGUCUGCAGUUCCAGAAAACCUCCAAAGACAUGAGCAUCGAUUCCUACAUCUGGGACAUCGAGAACCCGAACAGACCAGAGAUGUCUCUGAGGCCGACGUCUCCGCUCGUCUGUCUGGAGUACAACCCCAAAGACUCUCACACGCUGGUGGGAGGAAGCUACAACGGACAGAUCGCGUACUGGGACACCCGGAGAGGCAGCCAGCCGGUGGAGGUUUCCUCAGUGGAGCAGAGUCACAGAGACCCGGUCUACAAGGUGAUCUGGCUACAGUCCAAGACCGGGACGGACGCCUUCUCUGCCUCCACGGACGGACAGGUUCUGUGGUGGGACGUCCGCAAGCUGAGCGAGCCCACAGAGCGUCUGGUUCUGGACCUGGGUCGGGAGGGGAACCUGGACCGAGCGUUAGGAGCCAUCUCUCUGGAGUUCGAGGCGACCAUGCCAACUAAGUUCAUGGUGGGGACGGAGCAGGGCGUGGUCGUGUCCUGUAACAGGAAGGCCAAGACUCCAGCAGAAAAGAUCGUCUGUACGUACGAUGGUCACCACGGACCCGUCUACGCCCUGCAGAGGAACCCCUUCUUCCCCAAAAACUUCCUCACCGUGGGCGACUGGACGGCUCGCAUCUGGUCUGAAGACAUCAAAGAGUCGUCCAUCAUGUGGACCAGGUACCAGAUGUCGUACCUAACGGACGCCUGCUGGAGUCCGGUCAGACCGUCCGUCUUCUUCACUGUGAAGAUGGACGGCGUGCUGGACGUCUGGGACAUCCUGUUCAAACAGAACGACCCCACGCUGAGUCUCAAGGUGUGUGACGAGGCUCUGUACAGCCUGCGGGUUCAGGAUCAGGGCCGGCUGGUGGCGUGCGGCUCUCAGCAGGGGGGAACCACGCUGCUGGAGAUCUGCUCCGGACUGUCCAGCCUCCAGAAGAACGAGAAGAGUCUGCUGGCUGCUAUGUUUGAGCGAGAGACGAAGCGGGAGAAGAUCCUGGAGGCUCGUCAGAGAGAGAUCCGUCUGAAGGAGAGGAGUCGCUCGGAGCAGAGCAAAGAGGACGACGGAGGACGAGACGUGGACGGCGAGGAGAGUCCCGACCAGCUGAUCGCUCAAGCUGAGAACGACUUCUACAGCGUAGUGGAGACGGAGCAGAGGAGGAGGAGGGACCGGGAGGACGAGACACACCAGGAGAAAGACGUCUGCGAAGAGAAAGAAGUGAAAGAAGAGGCA